AGACAAUCUUUCACCUAAUGCCUAACAUUGGCUGACAUAUAUAAAAAGCUAAGUGUUUUCUUUCCUCUUGCAAGCACAUCUCCCGCCCUCUUCUUCUAUACACUUUACUACUUUUGUUUUUUUCUCCAUCUCGAAAAGUAACAUAAGAACAAAAAUAAUGUCGGUCUUCAGCUUGACGUCCGACGACCAGUUCAUCCGAGCAAAAGAAGGCUCCCCGGUAAUUUCAGUCUACACGUUCCUCGACGACCUGAAAGAUUUCGGCUUCAUAUUCCGGCGGACGAGUAAGCAGCAGCCCAGGCUGUCCACUUCGACCCGCGUGGGCCCCACCGCGCCCAAGUUCAAGGAGCUGGAGGUGCUCGGCGUGACCAUCGGCGGCGACCGGCUGAAGGAGCUGAUCGGAGAUCUCGUCUUACCGAAAGAAAGCCACUAUCUGAUGGUCAACCGUCAGGGCCUCUGUCUCUUGCACGCCGGCGGCCCCUCCGUCGCCUGGCUGAGGCUCAACGAUCGGUUCGGUUGGUUCAAGUACGGGGUCAGACCGGCAGUCGAAACCGGUACGAUAUGGAGCGUGUGGGACAUGAGCAGCGGCGCCGUUUUGGUGGCGCCUCCACUCGGCCGCGGCCGCGGCGGCGAGGACACGUGGGAGAAGGUGGUGGAGGAGAAGGAGAAGGAGAUGGAGGCGAAGGAGUCGUUGCUGAGGGAGACGCUUGAAGAGAAGGAGAAGGAGGUUGUCGCCCUCAAGGCUGCCCUGAAUGCACUCACCACCGCUCACACAGUUGAUUAAUUGACUAAUAUGUUUUUGUAAUUAAUUAGUACUCCAAUAUAUGUGAGGAAUUUUAUAAUGCUAUAUAGCGUUGGUGCUAUAGUGAUUUGGCUUUAUGGUAUAAUUUGAAAUUGUACCUUUAACGUUAUGAUAUAACUUCAGAUUGUACCUACACUUUUGUACAAAUUCUUUUAUGGUGCAACUUAAACUUGUACCUUAUGUGAUGGUACAACUUCAAGUUGUAAAGUUGUACCAUAACAUAAUGAUACAAAUUCCUUUGUGGUACAACCUAAACUUAUACAUUUAAUGUUAUGAUAUAACUUCAAGUUGUACAUUAAAGCACCAAUACUAUAUAGCAUAGUAGAAGUGCUCAUUAUAUGUGUAUACAUUUCGGGUUAGGUUGGUCACACUAACUCCACUUAAUAAAAAUUUUAUUUUACU